AUGGCGCCCAAGACGGAAGCAGAUGUUUUGCCCGUCAAAAGAGAUAGCGAAGCUCCUGACAUUGACGUCGGUCAAGUGAAGCUGAUGGACGACACGGAUGUUGAUCCAGCUUUGAAACUCACUGGCGGCGUCGUGAUCGAGUUCACACCAGAGGAAGAACGCCAAACCCUGCGAAAGAUCGACAUUAAUAUGCUGCCACUUAUGUGUUGGGUGUACAUGAUUCAAUUCGCCGACAAGACGACGCUCAAUUAUGCUUCUCUCAUGGGGAUUCGUGAAGACACCAACCUCAAGGGAAACGAGUUCUCCUGGAUCUCAAGUAUUUUCUAUGCAGGUUAUCUUGCUUGGGAGUUCCCCACGACGUACCUCUUUCGCCGCCUUCCCGUGGGCAAAUAUGUAUCAGCCAACAUAUUGGCUUGGGGCAUCGCCUUGACAUGCCAUGCCGCUACGCAUAAUUACGCUGGCUUACUGGCCACGCGAUUCUUCCUCGGAGCAUUCGAAGCAACAGUCACGCCCGCCUUCGUUUUGAUCACAUCAAUGUGGUACAAGCAGGGCGAACAAGCCCGGCGAGUCGGAUACUGGCUGUCGUGCAACGGUUUCUCCCUGAUCAUCAUGGCUCUGAUAGGCUAUGGAUUAUCGGCGGUUGAAGAAUCGUCAAUCGCGCCGUGGAAGAUUCUGUUCCUGGUACUCGGUCUUAUCACGGUUCUAACUGGAGCUUUCAACCUUUGGUAUUUACCCGAUAAUCAGGCCAACGCCAAGUUCCUGGAUGAUCGACAACGCCUGAUAGCGAUUGAAAGAAUUCGAGACAACUUCCAAGGCAUCGGCAAUCGGAUAUGGAAGUGGGGCCAGUUCCGGGAAGCGUUCCGCGACCCGAGAACCUAUCUCUACGCCCUGUUUUCAUUUCUGAUGAAUAUACCCAACGGCGGCAUUACGACAUUUGGUUCAAUCAUCGUCAACUCCUUCGGCUUUAACGCCAGACUCUCACUCCUUUUGGGCGCUCCAUCUGGACUCUUCGAUAUUGGUGGGAAACUCUUGUUCACCUGGCUUUCUGACAAGUACAUGGAUCGAACCCUUUUCGCAUUCGUCGCAAUCAUGUUUCCUCUUAUCGGAGGCAUCAUGAUGAUCACGAUCCCAUUGUCCUCAAAGGGAGCACUUCUCUUGGGCUACUGGAUGAUUAGUGUUUCUGGGUCCUCCUGGGGGUUGGUCAUGGUUGCCAUCUCGAAUAAUACUUUAGGAUACACCAAGAAGGUCACUGUUAACAGUCUUCAAAUUAUUGCAUAUGCAGCUGGAAAUUGGAUUGGUCCACAGACCUUCCGGGCGGACGACGCUCCCCUCUACAAGCGAGGCAAGAUGAUGGUGGCCAUUAUGUAUGGCUGUGCAGCGUUGGUGCUGGUGGUUCUCCGCUUCGUAAAUAUUCGGGAGAACAAACGAAGGGAUCGUUUGGCGGCAGCAUCAGGAGUUGAGUUGUCUGAGGAGACGGCAGCGCUGGAGCUUGAGCGGUCCAAAUUCAUGGACUUGACAGACUUCAAAUUGGCUCACUUUCGCUACGUUCUUUGA